ACUGGCUGAUUGGUGGUCCAGUCUCGAUCCUUUCUUCGAAAGGUUCUAUUGGAAAAUCUGGAAUUUCUACGUAUUCUCCAUCAACAAGCUGCUUCCGUCUUCUAAUACAAUUGGCUCAUCUGGACCAGCUUAUCUGUACACUGGACUACAUCGAAACGGUUUGGCCUAGCGGAGGAAGCAGUUAUCGCGAUGAGAAUGCAAUUUGGUUCCUUAGUUUGCUUCUAGGCACGAUUUCUCUGGGCACUGAUUUACUCGAGCCUGCUUGCAAUGGUACGCUUACACAUAAUGCCACUAUUGGUCUUGGCCUAAGUCCCCGUGAUUCAGCCUUUGCUACUUGGCACGCAUUAAAUGAUCCUAAGCAUUCCUCAUGCUUUUUGGUCGUUGAACCAGUUUGGCAGAUGCGUCUCUAUGUUGCAUUUGGGUUGUUUCGCCUUUUUAUUCGCCAACUCGCCCUUUUUUCGACACACGAAUCUGAUCAAGAUGGUCUCCUGAACAUCUCUAAUCUUCGUCAAAUGCAAGUUGAGGCAGUUCACAAGACAUCCUCCAACGUUUCGGUCGAAGACGGGCUGAGCUUUCGUUCGUCAUGAAUGAGUCCUAGCUCUGAUGAUGUUAGUCACAUGAAGAGCAAAAGCUCAACUCGUCUACGCCCGAAAUGUUGGAGGUUAUCUCGUGGACUGCACCAACCUGAACGUCGUAUUAAUGCCAAACUGUUGCGGUACAACGCGAAUCAACCAAUGUCUUAUG